AUGGUACUAUCUUGGUCAAUCUUCAUCUCAACUGCAAUCCUAUUCGCUCGACAUAUGAAAGGGCAUUGCCCGAACUCGGCGCUCUGUGGACUUCAGCUGUGGUUUCAUAACAACCAAUGGGGAUCGGUGCAUGCGAUGCUAGGAUUGAUCGCCUGUGUAGUCGCUUGGGCUCAACCGCUCAAUGCUGUCUUCAGGUGUCAUCCCGAUGGAAAGGGACGGAUUCUUUUCAAUAUUAUUCAUGGAUUCUUCGGUUUCGGUUGCUGGCUCUGUGCAGCAUCGGCGACGAUGAUCGCUGUGGUACACUUCAGAAUGUUCAGUGAUCGCGAUGCGGCACUCGGCAUUUAUAUCGCAUUUGUCGCCGUCGCUGGGCUUACCUGUAUAGUCAUGGAGUUGCUCACCUUCAAGAGUACACUGGUGGACAGGACGGCAUCGCGUCUUCAGACGCGGCAUCUCCAAGUAUUCAUCCUGCUGUUCUUCGUAGUGGUCGCUAUUGGCACAGCUGUAGCGAUAUCUGUGCUAAUUGGCAAGAAGCCAAUUGCAUGA